UUUCUCUUUCCUUUUCCUCAUCCAACGUCAUAAAACCAAACAUAAUCCUAGUGUUACCACAGAGAGAGAGAGAGAGAGAGAGAGGGACAGAGACAGAGACAGAUUUUUCUUCAUCGAUAUGCCUUUAAAUUGUUCAAGCCUGGCUGCCAGAGUUCCACAUGUCUCGGGAAACGGGAGAAUAAUCAACAAGUUCACAUCCAACCAUGUAGGAAGUUUGUUCUUCUUCCACCCCCAGAACUCAUCGAAACCCAUUAGUGUCUCCCUAUCAAAUUUCAACCAGAGCUGUUCUUCGUCAACAAUGGAGGACCAGAAAAACCUGCGGGUUGCGGCCUUGGAGCCGGAAAAAUAUUACAAAGAACUCGAUGUUGCUGUCAGAGCUGUACAGAUGGCAUGUGCUCUCUGCCAGAGAGUGCAAGACAGUUUGAUUUCUAAAACCAACGGUCAGGUCCAAUCCAAGGAUGACAAUUCUCCUGUCACUGUUGCAGAUUGGAGUGUCCAAGCAACUGUCAGCUGGUUACUGUCCAAGUCUUUUGGGAGGAAAAACGUGUCCAUUGUUGCUGAAGAAGAUGUUCAAAAACUCUCCGAGGCUGAUGCAUCUGGACUAUUAGCAGCUGUAGUGAACACUGUGAAUGAAUGUCUAGUUGAAGCUCCUCGUUUUGGACUUGAAGGUCCGAAAAUGGCCCUCGGGACCUCAGAGGUGCUUGAAGCCAUCAGUCGUUGCAACUCAACUGGCGGUCCUACUGGAAGAUUUUGGACACUUGACCCUGUUGAUGGCACGUUAGGGUUUGUCCGUGGGGAUCAAUAUGCUGUAGCUCUAGCACUGAUAGAGGAUGGAGAAGUUGUGCUUGGAGUUCUUGGGUGUCCAAAUUACCCUAUGAGAAAGGAAUGGCUAAGUUAUCAUCACCGCUAUCAUAGAAUUAUAACUAAGUUGACUCCACCAACGUCUGAGUCUUGGGACAAAGGUUUUGUGACUUAUGCGACAAAAGGUAGUGGCAAGGCUUGGAUGCAACCACUGCUCCAUGCAAAUAAGAAGUUGGUGUGGCCAAACUCUGCAAGGCCGGUUCAAGUGUCUUCCAUUGAUGAUCCGGCAUCCGCAACCUUUUGUGAACCAGUCGAGAAGGCAAAUUCAAGCCACUCCUUCACAGCAGGACUUGCUCACACCAUGGGGCUCAGGAAGCAACCACUACGAGUAUACAGUAUGGUAAAGUAUGCUGCUAUAGCCCGUGGGGAUGCUGAGAUUUUUAUGAAGUUUGCAAGAGCUGGAUACAAGGAGAAGAUAUGGGAUCAUGCUGCCGGAGUUGUUAUCAUAGAAGAGGCCGGUGGGGUGGUAACCGAUGCGAGAGGGCACCCGCUUGACUUCUCAAAGGGCAUUUACCUAGAAGGCCUUGAUCGCGGUAUAAUUGCAUCCGCUGGAGCCAAACUACAUGACAAGAUCAUCAGCGCUGUUGAUGCUAGCUGGGACUCCUCUAGUCUAUAAGGUUCAGCCAUUUUACAUCAAUGGGAGAACACAAGAAUUUACAUGAUUAGACAGAAAGAGGAAAUUGUGGAUCAUCAUUUUCUUUUAAAUUCUUCUUUCUUUCUUUUUUGGGUUUGGGGGAAGGGGUUGAAGCUUUUGUAAUUAUAGGUUUGUAGGACAUCCCAGAAAUCAGCCUGCUUCAGCCAUGAACGAGGCUGGUUUUUUUGUCUAUUUUAAGUCACCAAUAAUUGAUGUUUGGACUGAGGAAGUGAAUCAUCUUAUUUUUAUCUGCAUAGCAUUUUGAGUGA